UGCCCGCAGCCCGCGGCCCCGCGCCCCCCGCAGCCACAAUGCCCGCGGCCCGGCCGCCCGCCGCGGGACUCGGAGGGACCUCGCUGCUCCUCGCCCUGCUCCUGGGGAGCCCCGCGGCAGCUCUGGCGGGAGCUACACUCCGGGAAGGAGACGCUGGCCCUUCGGGUGCUUCCCUUCUGCCCUCGGGAGCGCUGGGAAGCAGCAGUCUGAGCAAAGAGAGCCUUGAAGAGAGAGUGACUACGGCCCCUCUGAAUCCAGUGCAAUCGGGGGAAGAUCUUCCAGAGCCUGGGCUGGGAGGGACAGCCCCCUCGGCCGCCCUGUCCACGCGGCUGCCCGAGGAGGCCACCCCCAAGCGCGCCCUCCCCUCCGGGAAGAAGCCGCCUUCGCUCAAGCAGGUGAACUCGGCCAGGAAACAGCUGCGGCCCAAAGCCACCUCCACGGCAGCUGUCCAGAGGGCGGCGAACCCACCUGCGUCGCCCGGCCUGGGCCUCCUCUCCUCCGCCACGGAGAAGCUCCGCCCCCCGGGAGACCCCGAGCCCUCCGCCUCCGAGGAGCCCCGCUGGCUGGACCGGAAGGCAGGUGCGGUCCCCACGACGCCCGCGCCGCUGCAGAUCUCCCCCUUCACCUCGCAGCCCUACAUGGCCCACACGCUCCCCCAGAGGCCGGACCCCGGGGAGCCUGUGGCGCCCGAUGACGCCCCCGAGGCUCCCCCGGAAGAUGCCAGUCCCAUGACCUUGAUGGACAAAGGCGAGAACGAACUGACCGGGUCAGCCUCAGAAGAGAGCCAGGAGACCACGACAACCACCAUCAUCACCACCACGGUCAUCACGACGGAGCAGGCCCCGGCUCCCUGCAGUGUGAGCUUCUCCGAUCCUGAAGGGUACAUCGGAUCCAGCGACUACCCACCCCUGCCCCUCAGUGGCUUCCUGGAGUGUACGUACAACGUGACAGUCUACACUGGCUACGGUGUGGAGCUCCAGGUGAAGAGCGUGAACCUGUCUGACGGCGAGCUGCUCUCUAUCCGCGGGGUGGACGGUCCCACCCUGACCGUCCUGGCCAACCAGACUCUCCUGGUAGAGGGACAGGUUAUCCGAAGUCCCACCAACACCAUCUCUGUCUAUUUCCGGACCUUCCAGGAUGACGUCCUUGGGACCUUCCAGCUGCACUAUCAGGCUUUCAUGCUGAGCUGCAAUUUUCCCCGCCGGCCCGACUACGGGGAUGUCACGGUCAUGGACCUGCACCCGGGCGGGGUGGCCCACUUCCACUGCCACCUGGGCUAUGAGCUCCAGGGCGCCAAGACUCUGACUUGCAUGAACGCCUCAAAGCCCCACUGGAGCAGCCAGGAGCCCGUCUGCUCAGCCCCCUGCGGAGGGGCUGUGCACAACGCCACCAUCGGCCGGGUCCUCUCCCCAAGUUACCCAGGAAACACCAACGGGAGCCAGUUCUGCGUGUGGACCAUCAAAGCUCCCGAGGGCCAGAAGUUACAUCUGCAUUUCGAGAGGCUGUCAUUGCAUGAGAAGGACAGGAUGAUGGUCUACAGUGGCCUGAUCAACAAGUCCGCUCUUCUCUAUGACUCCCUCCAAACCGAGAACGUCCCCUUUGAGGGUCUGCUGAGUGAGGGCAACGGCAUCCGCAUUGAGUUCCUGUCUGACCAGGCGCGAGCAGCCUCAGCCUUCAACAUCCGGUUCGAGGCCUUUGAGAAAGGCCACUGUUAUGAGCCGUACAUUCAGAAUGGGAAUUUCACCACAUCCGACCCAACCUAUAACAUCGGAACCGUAGUGGAGUUCACCUGCGACCCUGGCCACUCUCUGGAGCAGGGUCCGGCCAUUAUCGAGUGCAUCAAUGUGCGGGACCCGUACUGGAAUGACACAGAGCCCCUGUGCAGAGCCAUGUGUGGUGGGGAACUCUCUGCCGUGGCUGGGGUGGUGCUGUCCCCAAACUGGCCGGAGCCGUACGUGGAAGGUGAAGAUUGUAUCUGGAAGAUUCACGUAGGGGAGGAGAAACGGAUCUUCUUAGAUAUCCAGUUCCUGAACCUGAGCAACAGCGACAUCCUGACUAUCUAUGACGGCGAUGAGGUCAUGCCUCACAUCUUGGGGCAGUACCUUGGGAACAGUGGUCCCCAGAAGCUGUACUCGUCCACGCCGGACCUAACCAUCCAGUUCCACUCAGACCCUGCUGGCCUCAUCUUCGGGAAGGGCCAGGGAUUUAUCAUGAACUACAUAGAGGUGUCAAGGAACGAUUCCUGCUCAGACUUGCCCGAGAUCCAGAAUGGCUGGAAAACCACUUCUCAUACGGAGCUCGUGCGAGGAGCCAGAGUCACCUACCAGUGUGACCCUGGCUAUGACAUAGUGGGGAGUGACACCCUCACCUGCCAGUGGGACCUCAGCUGGAGCAGCGACCCCCCAUUUUGUGAGAAAAUUAUGUACUGCACCGACCCCGGGGAAGUGGACCACUCGACCCGCUUAAUUUCGGAUCCCGUGCUGCUGGUGGGGACCACCAUUCAAUACACGUGCAAUCCCGGCUUUGUGCUGGAAGGGAGCUCUCUUCUGACAUGUUACAGCCGUGAGACUGGCACGCCCAUCUGGACGUCGCGCCUGCCCCACUGCGUUUCGGAGGAGUCCCUGGCGUGCGACAACCCUGGCUUACCCGAAAACGGCUACCAAAUCCUGUACAAGCGUCUUUACCUGCCGGGAGAGUCCCUUACCUUCAUGUGCUAUGAAGGCUUUGAGCUCAUGGGCGAAGUGACCAUUCGAUGCAUCCUGGGACAGCCAUCCCACUGGAACGGGCCCCUGCCUGUUUGUAAAGUUAAUCAGGACAGCUUUGAACACGCAUUAGAAGUAGCAGAAACGGCAGCCGAGACAUCGCUGGAAGGGGGAAAUAUGGCACUCGCUAUCUUCAUCCCAGUUCUCAUCAUUUCCUUACUGCUGGGAGGAGCCUACAUUUACAUCACCAGAUGCCGCUAUUACUCCAACCUCCGCCUGCCCCUGAUGUACUCCCACCCCUACAGCCAGAUCACCGUAGAAACCGAGUUCGACAACCCCAUUUAUGAGACGGGGGAAACCAGGGAGUAUGAAGUUUCCAUUUAAGGAGAGCUACGCUUGAGAAGGGAGCUCACAGAUCAGAACUCAAGUACCAACCUCCUCGAGAAAUUCAUCCAGAGACCACAUGGCAUUUGAUUGAAACCCCAGAACGUUGUCUGUCUUUUCUUUAGACUCUUUAUUGAAGACUCACUGUUUUCUUCGCUGUAUUUAUUAUAUUUAAAAUUGAAAUAGGUGUGGCUGGAGGUGUCGUAGCUGCGGCCAAAUCCAUGUGACAAUCUCCUUUCCAAAGGCAGACGGACGACCUUCAAAUGACCAACAUGGCAGCAAAGGGAAACAAACAAAACAAAACAAAACAAAAGCAGCUGAUUUCUCCCAUGGCAGUGACCAUGCUCUGGCUGCAUCAAAUUGCAUGCAUUUGGGGCCCAUGCCCAUGGUGCUUUUAGGACAAAUCCAAGCCCCAAGAUUAUGUAGGAAAGGGCAUCUCUUGAUGGAUUAACUUGGGUCGGACUUUAGCUAGAACAGGUCUGUUCCAACACAAAUCCUGGGUCCGCUCUUCCAAAUGCUCUCAGCUUCUAGAAGGUCUUGCCACAUCCCUUCCCUCCCAUGAUCCUUCCGAAGGCAGCAAAGGUGUGACCAUGAGCAUUCUCGUCUGCCACCCUGGCCUCACUGGAUGCUGGCAGAAUUAGAAAAUGUUGCAGAGCAGAUGAGAGAUUUGAGAAUUCAGAUGGAGUGCGGGGGGGAGGGGGCGGGGGUCAUCGAGUGAGGGGAUCGAGUUAGUAAAACGUUCUUUCUUCUGAUCCUCCACCAGUAAUGAAAGGGGAGGGAAUUUAUGCUACAAGUGCCAGACCUGAUCCCUUUGUUCAGCAGGGCCGCCCUCAAGCUGACUGUAGAGGCCUGUGGGGAGAUUCACCCACGUGGUGACAAGGGUUUCUGUUGUGGGGGGGCGGUGUCAGGUCCUGAAAUCCUGGGAUGAGCUCAGUUUGUUUUCCUGGAGUACUGAAAUGUCUGAGCCCUCAAAAUAAGGGAGGCUUGCCUGCACAGUUUCUCCAGAAGGGGCCGGAAUAUACUUGCAAUCCAGUAUUUCAGAAAGGAGGGUCCUACGAGACGAAACUGUUUUCCUCUUCUCCGAACUUCUGCCCAGAUCUUGGACACUGGCCUGUGUGCCAUGACCGUGGAGAACCAGAGGAAUGGGAUCAGGGGGUUUAAAGCCACAACGGAAUCCUCGUCAUCACCCCGGGAGGACAGAAGGAGGGGUUUCAGGCCAGAAAGAAGUCAUAACACCUCAUGAAUCACAGGUGUAUCCUCAGAUUUUAUCAGGGGCCUUUUGCUCCAACCCAGUGGGACUGAUGAGUGUGUGGCCAUCAGGAAGAUUCUUCUCUAAACACAGGUGUAAAGAAAAGGCAGGGGUUGAGGGUACAAGGAAGGAAUAGCACGUGCAAGGAAGAUUUGCCUCCCUGGGGCCCUCACCUCCCUAGUGAGGGUCAGUGGCUCAGAAAGGUGCAGGCUCGGUGCUUGGGAGUCCAUUUGGGUGCCCUCCCACGCUCGCUAGAAUUGUUUUCUAUCGGCUGCUUUCCAACAAGAAAAGACCUUUCUGGCUGCCAUGCUGUUGGGAGGAUUGCUGGGAGUCCGUAUUUUGGUAGCUCGUCUAGGCAGCUCUGGGGCAGGAGACGGCAGUAGGCUUUGACGCACACAUCGCCUUCUUCUGCCCAGAAGCUUGGGCUUCAAACCUGGGGGAGCCGAGGGCCAAUACUUUCCUUCUGCCAGAAAAGAAUCCUGCUUCUACGUUCCUUAAGGCACGCAUUCAUGACGCACGACAAGAGAUAAUUAAAGGCUGCUUUCCAGCCACCCAAAACCUACCCCAUUUUAUGCAAAAAAAAAAAGCCCCAAAACAAAACAAAAAACAGAAGAGAAUCGUUCCAGACCAUUAGUAAGCAAUGUCAUAUUUGGAGAAGGUCCAGCAAUGCAAAUAAUGUAACCUUUUUUUUUUUUAAAGGCAGAAUCCCGUCUCUGUUUUUGUUUCUAUUUGAUGCUUAUUCUAACCCUAACCCUGGGUCAUCUCGAAGGAAGAACUCUAUUAAUGAUAUUUAAUUUUAGAACAUACUAUGGUGACACGCAAACUAAACAUUUGCCUUUUGUCGAGACUGACAAAAUAUGAAAUCUUUAUUCUAACCCUGUUCCCUCAAAGUGGCCAGACCACGGCCCAAGAAUCCUUAUUGGCUGUUGGAGGAAUAGAAAAAGGUGUUGAUCUUUUUUUUUUUUUUUCAGUAUACCGAUGUCUUAGUUUUGUCUUAGUAGUCCAGCACCUAUGACCAUGUUUUAAAAGUUUAUUUUCGCCCAAAGGUGGAUCGUUUGAGCUUGGCGAUGUACAGUGUGAUUGAAAAGACAGGUUGGUGUCUGUUUUUCUUUUUAGAAUAUCUGAAUGUGUAUUUGUUAUAUGUAAAGGUAAAAACAUAAUAUUAGUGCCAAAAAUGUACCGGGCAUCUCAUUUCAGCUCAUACGUGUCUGUUUUUAUAAGAUCAAUGUCAAAAACCCCUUGGGAUUAAAUAUUUUUGAACAGGAUACAAUCCUGAGCAGCUCAAGAACCAACGGAACCUUCCUACAAGCCACUCUUUGUUUUUAAAACAGUGGGGAAAUACGUUUACAGAGAUAUCGAGCUUCAAAGAACGCAUGUGAUGGUGUGUAUUACAUGCUAAUUCAUGUAAGCUGUAUCUGUCAGCUAACGCCCUGUGCUUUAAAAAUGCACACACUCAAUCAUCUUUAGCUUGGAGCUCGUCUUUUUGCUUUUUGGGGGGUGGGGGGUGAGGAGGAGUAGAAUUAUUUAGCCAACAUAAGUAUGCUGGCCGCAACUUGAGGGCCAUCCUUACUUAGUUCCAUAGACAUGCUUUAAAGGCGAUCUUUUGAAGCUAGCUCCUUGGAAAGCCUACGGUACCUCAGGCUGAUAGCUUUGCAAACUGCCAAACUGCCCAGCAGAAAGCAAAACGGCGACAUAAUUAGGACGGCUGUGUAAGCAGAAGGGACUUGGCAAAUAUAUGGGUAGAUUUAGGCUGAGUGUGAGACUCAGGCAAACAUGACCUUUCUUUGGGGGUAAGUCCAAAGGGUUUGACUUUCCUAUGCCCUUGAAAGUUAUCGGGGGGAAGAGAUGGUCAUGCGAGGUGAGGUAUCAUGGAGUUGUCCAGCACCCUCAAAGGUAGGCUUUCUCCUGGGGCGUUUUCAUUUUCAUUUUCUCCCCAAACAGAAUAAAAAGCAAAACAAACUUUCUAAGCUAGAAUAAUGAAGUGAAGUCAUUUUCCACUUUGUAUAUAUUGAUGCUAAUAAAAAAAA